AUGAAUCAUAUUAAAGCUUUUGCUUUAGCAGAAUGGACAAAUGGAGAAAAAUUAGAGCUUAUAGAAAUGGAAGGAGAAAUUGAUCUAGUUUAAGAUUUAUCUGAUACUCUUAUGGUUCUUAAGACGAAAACUAUUAGUUAAUUUUAGAAAUUGUAAAUUCAUUUUAUUAUUCAAAGAGACUCAUUGCCAUCAAAAAAAGGAAGAUGGUAUUAUAUGCCUUUUAAUAAAGAAAUAAUCUAGCUUGUUUUAGCAACAUCUGAUUGCAACUAAAAUAAUAUUGAAAUGCUUAUUAGUGCCAUUUAAUCAAAAAUUGUAUUUAUCAAUCUUUUCUUUUUAGUUGAAUGAAAGUUUUAUUCUUAAUGAUGAUUAAAAAGACAAUAUCUUAAAGUUAUUGAAUUAUUUCGAAAAACAGUAUAAUAAAGAUCCAAAAUAAAUCAAAUAAAUUAUGUAGAUAUUAGAUAACACCAAAUAAUCAGUCUAAUAGAAUAUCGAAAAGCUUAUAAAUAAUAAAGAAUAAUUAAGCCAAAUUGAAAGUAUAUCUUAUAUGAGUUAAAUCUUUGGAAUUGGAGGAUACAUCUAAAGUCUUUUAUGAUACAGCUACUGCUGUUCAUAGAAAAAAUAGAUUAGAUAGAUUAAAAAGAAGAUUGUUUAUAGCUGGAGUAACUUGUAUAAGUGUAGGUUUUAUUUGCUAUUUGAUUUUUUAUUGA